AUGUUUUCUCAUAGGAAGACUUUUUGUUAUGCAUAUUUCGUAUCCCAUUUAUUUCCUGACACAGUUCAUGGCUUUCUUUUCUUUCUCUUGGUUUAUUUGUUUCUUUUCUUCAUUUAUAUUAAUUUUUUCUUAAUCUUUAAUUUCUUUCAUUUAUUUGAUCAUAGUCUCUUACUGACUUUCUUUCCUGAUAUCUACUUGUAUUUAUUGUCUGUCUUUCCAUUUGUUUUGCUAUCUCAUAUUAUUUUUACAUUUGUUCGCUGUUUUCUUUACUAUUCUAUUCUUCUAUUCUAUUGUCAUUCUCUUUUCUUUACUCAUUCUUCUAUUCUAUCGUCAUUCUCUUUUCUUUACUCAUUCUUCUAUUCUAUCGUCAUUCUCUUUUCUUUACUCAUUCUUCUAUUCUAUCAUCAUUCUCUUUUCUCUUCUCAUUCUUCUAUUCUAUCAUCAUUCUCUUUUCUCUUCUCAUUCUUCUAUUCUAUCAUCAUUCUCUCUUGUUUUUGUUUUUCUAUCCUCUUAUUUUCUACAUUGACCUUUUUCUUUUUAUCAUUCUUUCCAUCUUGA